AUGAGACUGGAGGAUAGACUCAAGGCGGUGAAUCAGUACCGGAAGAAGAUAUUCCGGAGGGUGAAGGCGGCUGUGGAGAAGACGAAGAAGAAGAAGAAGCAGACUAUGUUUCAGUAUGAUCCGUGGAGUUACGCCUUGAACUUCGACGACGGAGGAGAGAAACCUCAGAGGCUCUCCGGCGACUGUAAACGCUGCAGAAUCACCUUGAUUUAUGUUGUUUCUGUCAAACUUUGA